UAGUAUUGACUCUUUAUCCUUGAUUGAUCUGGAAAUGGCCGAAAGCAAAAUGCAACUUACAAGUUCGCGCGUCUUUUGCGCAGCCGCAAUAUUCAUUAUUUAUCACGCUAUCUCGUAAACACUGGCGACUCGUAAUUUGUAUAUUUUGUACUAUCUGAAUAAACAAGCUAAUAGCAUUGUUUUUAACAUAUUAAAUGAUAAGGGAAAGGUUUUUACAUCAAAAUAAACUGUGUCUACUCUCUCUGCUCACAAAAACUACUUUUGAAAAAGUAAAUAAAAAUGCAUGACUUUUCUAAUGAUUUUGAUAGUGUUACACCCGACAUAUGGAUGUUAAAUGAAGCCGCAUGGAAUGAAAGACUUACUCAGUUACCAAACUGGCAGAAGAUUCCUCUUAUAAACUCGAACGCUUCACACAACUUACCCGAUGGCUCCUUGGUCCGAUUUCGCGGAAUGGUCCAGGAUAUGCAUAACCCCGAAUUCUUCUUCGAACAAUUUGAAGUGUUUAACACAGUAACAAACGAAAUUAAAAACAAAUCGGGAAAGUAUACUGAUACAGCACAUAUCUUGGAAAAUGAAAAGAUAAACUAUACAGAGAACUUAAAGAGUGCCCAACGUCAAACUAUAGUGGUAGUCUCAAUGCCAGGACUAAAUGAUUGGGUGCAGAAUAUUGAAGAUGAACACAACCACUUGAAACACCUCAACCAAUUGCCCAAUACAUCAAAAAGGUUAAAUUUGAAUAACUUGAAGCUAAAGAGGACUCGUGAUGAGAGUGAUGAAGAUCCAGAUUCUAUGGACGUUGAAAAUGUUGGAGGUGGUAUCAAGGAACAGAGGACAGCUGAAGUUGUGAACAAUGCUUCAAAAGUGGUGUCAAGAGAGCAUUUACUUAAUUUUCCACUUCCCGAUGUACCUAGCAAGUCUUGUAUUGUUAAGGUAUACGAUGAUAAUGAUAACAUAAAAAUCAACGACAUGAUAGAAGUUGUAGGCUUUCUAUCCGUUGAUCCAGCUUUAUCUGGAGAAUUCCAAGUGGAAAAGGACCCAUUACUAGAGCCCACAUGUGAGACGGAAGCAGAGAUCAUUACACAUAAUCCACCGCCAAGUCUGGUGCCCAGGUUACAUGCAGUGUAUAUCAAGAAGCUGGAACAUUGCAAUCCAUUGGUGAAAGGUGACAUUGAUCAAGAAGUUAUACUCAAAGAAGCAAAAACAGCGCGAGAGCAUUUACUGAAAGCAUUGAAGGAACUCCUACUUGGUGAUGAGUUGGCUGCAGAGUAUUUAAUAUGUCACCUUAUAGCUUGUGUAUACCUCCGUCAGGAUACAUUCACAUUAGGCCAAUUCUGCCUUAACAUAUCCAACUUGCCCACAAAGAAGUAUCCCAAUUACGCCAAACAGCUGUACGAGAUCAUCAAACAAUUUGUCACUAAGAGCUAUUAUUUGCCACUUACUGUUGACAAUAUGAACACAAUGGCGCUGUUACCAAAAAAAGACUACGAGUGUAAUCGACUUACUAGUGGCAUUUUACAACUGAGCAAGCACACGCAUUUAGUUCUGGACGAAACUAACUUGGAACAGGGGCAGUUGCAUGCCACAGGGGUCGGCAAUAUCACAGCCUUGGGUAAUCUCAUCAAAUUACAGAAAGUUGAAUACGACUUCAAGUAUUACAAGAUGGAGUUUGACUCUGAUAUCAAUGUGCUGGUAUUGUCUGAGGGCAAAUCUUUAUUACCGAAUGACUAUCACAUACCUCUACGGCCAGAGAAGGACUCACUGGAAAUAUUUGAUGCCAUAGUUGAAGCGGCUACAUACUACUUGAAGGAAGAGAUUAUGAAUACAAUAAGAACAUAUUUAACUAACUUGAAACUUGCCAAAUACUCCAUCAGUGAAAAUUUACAGUUUGUGGAAGAUGACUUCAUAGAAAUGCGCAGUAACUCGGACAGUGAUAGCCCAGUGACGGCAGAUGACUUGCAUCGACUAUUGGUUCUAGCCCGUCUGGUCAGCCUUUCAAGAGGUUAUGACACACUAACAAGAGAGUGCUGGGACCACACUAAAAAGAUGGAGGAAGAAAGGCUACAGAGACUAAAAAAUAGAGUUGCUCCUACGUUGUAAUUUAUUGUUUAAUAUAUAAGUGUAAUUUGCAUGUGCAAGUAUUUGAAUUAAAAUCGGUUUUUUUAU